ACGUUUCGAGCUUUUAAAGUUUUUUUUGGCCGUUUUUUGUUCGUCCCCUUCGUUUUGGAUGUGCAGGACCAUAACUUGGUUAAUCUUUAUCUUCGUCGUGAGUAUGGCGCUUUCAUCAACAUUUUCGCGCCUAAAUCUCUUCCCAAAACCUUCCUUUAUUUUUCAUAGAUCAUGGAAACCUCUCCUGCUGAACCGAAGCUCCAAGUUGCUACCUCCGACUACUUCUUCUUCUUCCCCUUCUUCACUCAAUUCCUUCACGGCCUAUUGCUCAAUCUUAACAUCCGAAAAUUCCACCUCUAUAGCUCCCAAGAAUCCAUUUAUGAAGGCCCAAGACGAUCUCAUCGUUCUGGGUAUUGAAACCAGCUGCGACGACACCGCCGCCGCUGUCUUUUCGUGCUCUUUAUUUGAUGGGGCUUUGGUUUUCACUACUUUGGUGCGCACAGGUCAGAAGCAACGGCGAAAUUCUCAGUCAAGUUGUGUCCUCCCAAAUUUGCUUGCUUUAUAUGGGGGUGUUGCUCCGAAAAUGGCUGAAGAAGCACACUCCCAAGUGAUUGAUCAGGUUGUUCAGCAAGCACUUGACAAAGCUAAUUUAUCUGCAAGCGAUCUAUCGGCAGUAGCUGUUACUAUUGGUCCUGGUUUAAGCCUUUGCCUUCGUGUUGGAGUGCGGAAAGCUCGUAAAGUUGCUAGUAGCUUUAAUCUACCAAUGGUUGGUGUUCAUCACAUGGAGGCUCAUGCUCUAGUUGCCAGAUUAACUGAGCGAGACUUGCAAUUUCCUUUCUUGGCGUUGCUUAUUUCAGGAGGACACAAUCUUCUCGUUCUUGCUCGUGAUCUUGGUCACUACAUACAACUUGGUACAAGUAUAGAUGAUGCUAUAGGUGAGGCCUAUGACAAGACUGCAAAAUGGCUUGGUCUUGAUUUGAGGAGAAGUGGUGGUCCGGCUAUUGAGGAGCUUGCUCGGGAAGGAGAUGCACAUGCAAUCAAAUUCUCUACUCCAAUGAAACAGCACAAAGACUGUAACUUUUCAUAUGCGGGUCUGAAAACUCAAGUGAAGCUGGCAAUUGAAUCCAAAAAUGUAAAUGCUGCAAUUCCCAUUUCUUCUGCAAGUAGCGAAGAUAGAAGUUCUAGAGCUGAUAUCGCUGCAUCUUUUCAGCGAGUUGCUGUGCUACAUUUAGAGGAAAGAUGUCAACGAGCUAUUGAAUGGGCUUUAAAGAUUGAACCUUCCAUUAAACAUUUGGUAGUUUCUGGGGGUGUUGCAUCUAACCAGUAUGUGCGGGCUCAGCUUGAUCAGGUUGUUAAAAAAAAUAAUUUGCACCUUGUGUGCCCUCCUCCCAGCCUUUGCACCGACAAUGGUGUAAUGGUGGCUUGGACCGGCAUUGAGCAUUUUCGUGUGGGAAGAUUUGAUCCAGCACCGCCUGCUGAAGAACCUGAAGAUUUUGUGUAUGAUUUGCGGCCACGGUGGCCUCUUGGAGAGGAAUAUGCUGAAGGAAAAAGUGAAGCUCGCUCUUUGAGAACGGCCCGGAUCCAUCCGUCUCUCACAUCCAUUAUUCAAGCAUCUCUACAACAGCAGCCAUAGUCUUCUCUGCGACAUCUCCUAUAUGCUGAGUUGCUAUUACACUUAAUAUCAGAAAAAUCGGCUCCAAUCCAAUCUGAACAAUUAGCAGAAGUUGCUUUUGCAAAUACAUUGCCAGAUUAUAGAAUUAGAAUUUGGCAUCAUGGUAAGAGCAAUUUGAGAGAACAAUGCCCAUAGUGAUACAGACAGAUAGGACAUUGAAGAGUCCAACUCAAGCUACUAUACACUACCACUACCAGAGUCCUCAAAUCAAUUUUCUUUAACCUUGUUAAUAAUAAUAAUAAUACAGCAACAUUUUUCAUUCGACAGCUUCUGACCUUCUCCUCCGCAUCUUUGGAUUUAAAUUAGUGUGAUAGAGAAAUGGUUUGAACCACAUUGAUACGCUACCUAAUUUUGAUCACCAACUUGUAUCCAUUUAAGCUUUACUCUAGUAAGGUAUUGAGUAUUGAUGAUUGCCAUUCGAGAGAUCUUCAAUACAUAAUAGAAAUUUUUUUUUUAUUAA